UGAUCGAUCGUCGAGCAGCGCGUUUCUCGACGAACCGGUCGAAGACCGAUUCGCUUCGACCUGGUCCCGUUAAAUGUCGGUUGCGGGGUCGAUAGGUUGAUCGAAGUCGACUGACAUUUAAAUAAUUAUCGACACACCGGAACGUUGUCGAGAAAGUUGGCAGUAUUUGUCGCACUGGUACUGUGCGAAACUUCUACGAUCACUGGUUGCUCGGGUUAUUGAUUUCUACCUGAUAUGCUUCGAGAAAACAAAAAUGUUUUGAUUGGUGAUUUGUGACUGUUGAACAACAGGUAUAUCGGUUUUAAGUCUUGGAAAUGCCUCUUUUGAAUUGAAAUCAACGAUACCACUUAUCAGACCGACUGCAGGCAUUAUGGCUUUGAAAAAAAUGUCAUUAAAAGAUGGGGAAACCGAAACUGCAGCAAAAUUAGAUUCACGAAUUUUAAUCUUCUAGUUUUUCGUCUAAUUCUCUUCUCUCGUGUUUAGAAAUGGCAGAGACUGAUCCACAAUUAAAACGACUUUUACUUCCGGCUGAAGAGACACUGUUUGAACAAUUGCUGAGGUUUGGCCUAUAUAUUGGAGCAGUGUUUCAAGUGAUUUGUUUAUUGGCCAUUGUUGUUUAUCAGGCUGGCCCAUCUGAUGGCAUUGCUGCAUUGAAGGAUGAUCCAAGCGAUGUGGAAUGUUCAGAAAAUAGUCCUCAGGUUACUCCUAGAAGACCUCAUAGACCACGAAAGCAAGAGAAGAAGAAAAGACGUUGAGUUCCUUUGCUAAAUGCACAAAAAACUUCACGAUUCAUCUCUGCUUUUAGAUGUUAGUUAAAGACUGCUUUUAGACAUUACUUUUAUUUAUAUUAUUUCUGCCAUGAGGUGGUGUGUGAUUUAUACUUGACCUUUUAUAACUAUUUCCAUUGACACUACAGACAAUGUUAGAUUAUUCCCACUGUUCUAGAAAUAUUUAAAAAAAUGUUCUCUAUAGUACAAAUAUUAAAUAAAAAUUGUUCUCGUAAAA